AAAACACCAAGUAUAAAACUAAAGAAACGAUCGAACCAGGAAAUCAUAACAACACGCUUCGUUUGUUCUUUUCUUUUCCUCAUUUUUAAGUAUUAGAUCGUCAGCUCGAGAAGAAUGAGGAAUAUCAUUGUUGCGACCUUCGCUGCACUGAUCGCAACCGGGCCCGCACUGGCCUCCUAUGGCGGCGGUGGCGGCGGUUACAGCGGCGGCGGUUACAGCGGCGGUGGCGGCGGCGGCGGCGGCGGCGGCGGCGGUGGCUUCCCUCUUGGCAUCUGGGCCAACUACAAUCUGAACAACAUGGUGCGAGCCAUCUAUUCCGACGAUGAUAACAGCGUUAGCGGCGGCGGUGGCGGAUACGGUUCCUCGAGCGGCGGCUACGGUUCCUCGAGCGGCGGUUACGGUAACUCCAUGAGCUCCAUGUACGGCAGCGGCAUGGGCUCCAACACCGCCUUCAACCUGGGCUACGACAAUGCUCUGUACCAGUUCUAUGGUGUCCCGUCCAGCAACGGUUUGCCGCUGUCGUGGUUGAGCGGCGGUAACAGUGGAUCGAGCUACGGCAGUAACAGCAACAGCUACGGCAGCUCCAGCGGUGGGCGUUAUAAGCGCCAGGCUAACCGUGGCCGUGGACGCGGUCGCGGCCGUGGUGUCCGCCGCAACCGCCCGCUGCGACGGGUGCAGCGUUCCAGGAUUAACCGCAAUCGCGGCCGACCCCUGCGCAUGCGCGGAAUGCGCAACCGUAACCGUGGAAUGAGAAUGUAAAUUUUUGUGUCGUAACUUUUUUAUAACGUUCCCGAUCAGGAAAGGUCAUACAUUGUGAUCAUUUCAUCCACAGACGAAGCUCCUAAUUUAUACAUUUUUUUAAAGAUGCACCAUUGAUAUGUUUAUACGAAAUUCGUGAACCGUACUAUCGAUACUGGAAACCGGAAGCGAGAAAACAUACCCCAAUUUA